AUGAACGAAACACUAACUUGCUCCUUUUUGGACAUCGAUUUGGAUCAGACGAUAGACACGCACGCGGCCAACUUCGCUACAUGUGUCCUAAAUUCUAUUUUUUCCUUGAUUACAAUCACGGGAAAUUUCAUUAUUCUAAAUGCAAUUUGGAAAAACCGAGAACUGCAUUCGCCAUCGUUCGUCCUUUUGUUUUUUCUCGCUUUAUCGGAUCUUCUCGUUGGACUCAUUUGCCAGCCAUCUUUCGUCGCGUUUAAGAUCGCUGAACUUAGAAGAGACUUCAGCUGCUACUGCAUCUCGAGAAUGAUUCAGAGUAUAUCUGGAUGGACAACCACUGGUGCGUCUCUGCUAACUCUAAGUGCAGUUUCAUUGGAUCGAUUAUUGUCUUUGACUCUUCAUUUACGAUACAACACAAUCGUAACAGUUCCUCGUGCGUUUGGUGCUUGCGUCUUUCUCUGGUUCUUUGUCGUCACAGUUAUGAUGUUGAGGUUCACUAUGACCAACUGGAUAAUUCUCCCUUUGAUCAUAUUACUGACAACAUUUCUCGUCACAGCGCUGAGCACCUUAAAAAUAUUCAUGAUUGUGCGCAGACAUCUUUGCCAGAUCAAGCAACUUCAACGAAAUCUAAACACUUCUCAAACGGAAACAGUCCAAGUACUUAAGUGUCGAAAAUCUGUAGUGACUGUGCUUUACGUUUACGGUCUGUUUUGGAUUUUUUAUGUUCCUUUUUGUGUAACAAUGCUUAUGGAUUCAGCCGAGGGAUACACGCUGACAGUAAAAAUCGUAUAUGACUACGUGGGGACUAUAGUUUUUCUCAAUUCGUUUUUUAAUCCAAUUGUGUACUGUUGGCGCAUCAGGGAGAUACGAAAUGCCGUAAAGAGCUUACUUCGAAAACGCGUCCUCUUAGAAAAUAACACUCGAGGCAAGUGACUUUGGUGACUUUACAAGGGAAGUUUUCCCUCAGCUUUGUUACAUCAAACUAAUGCAUUAUUAGUACGAAACGCGACGCGGACAUGUGAAUUUUGUUUAAAUUUUAAACAUUUCUGAAACAUCUCCAUGUUUUAUUGACAGCUGGACGAUAAUUUCACACAUCCGGUAAUUAACUUGACUGGUCUUGUCGCCAUAACACAAUUUAAGGCUCGUGUCGUCAAAAGUUCUUAUGACCAAUAUUGAUCUAUAUGUAAAUGUCGUUGUUGCACGCAAAUAGCAUUUGUAACUUUACAUGAUACAGAUGGUAUUUAUGAUGGGGAAACAUUGACCUUUUCAUUUUUUAAAAAUAAUUGUUUGAUUUGAGAUAGGUUUCUGCGCUCUAAAUGUUUAUCUCAUUGAUUUGUUCUGCCAUACGGUUU